AUGGCUCAGGGCGGCAGGCGGUCGCGCUCCUACCAGUUGCAAAUCCCGACGGCCGGACUGGACGUCACACCGCGAAAGAGUCACAUGCUCGCCCGUGCCGCUGCCCGCGCGGUCCCCCAGACUCGCACCGUUGUCGCUCGCCGCGGCUUCACCACCACCCGCGCCCAGAUGAGCUCUCCCUACCACUACCCCGAGGGCCCCUACUCCAACAUCCCCUUCAACCCCAAGUCCAAGUGGUUUGGCGCCGGUUUCUGGACCUACUCUGCCGUCGGCUUCUUCGCCCCCUUCGGCAUCGCUGCCUGGCAAACUUACAAGCCCAAGGUUUAA